AUGGCUCUCGGUUCUUCCUUCCUCGCUAUUCUUGUCCUCACUCUCGCUGUCGCGGCUUCCCCUCUAGAGGCCCGCAACGGCCGGGUGUCUCUGCCCCUUGCAAGGCGGACGAAUUCGACUGGUGUUACCAACGUUCUCGCACGCGAUCAGGCGCGCGCGCAGUUCCUGAAGAACCGUGGACACAGUGACCUCAGAUCGCGUUCAGGUUCUAUCGCGGCAGUGAAUCUGGUGGAUACCUACGUCGUCAGCGUCGGGAUAGGCGAACCCGCUACAGACUACACUCUCAUCGUCGACACCGGCUCCUCGAACACAUGGGUUGGCGCGAACAAGGCAUUUGUUGCAACUCCGAACACAGUCAACACUGGUAAUAUAGUUGAUGUCUCCUACGGAUCAGGCUCUUUUUUUGGUGAUGAGUACUCUGGCACCAUCACCCUGGGCAAUGGUUUGAGCAUCAGUAAGCAAUCUUUUGGUGUUGCAUUAGAGGCCAAGGGCUUUUCAGGCGUCGACGGGAUCAUCGGUAUUGGUCCCAUAGACUUGACCCGCGGAACCGUCCAAGACACUAAUGAAGUCCCGACUGUGACCCAGAACCUGUACACACAAAAGGUCAUCGGAGAACAAGUCGUCUCUGUCUCCUUUGCACCUACCACCUCCGAAAGCGACGCUAAUGGCGAGCUCACUUUUGGUGGUACCGAUCCCAGCAAGUAUACAGGCUCGAUAGCCUACACGUCAGUCAUUGUUGACGAUGUCGUGUCCUCAAAUCCAGACUCACCUUCCCCCCAGGCCUCUCACAACCACCUCACCUGCUAG